AUGUCUAGUUCCGAUCAAAAUCGCCACCACCAACGAUCGUCUUGUAACUGUCAACAGCUUCCACCUCUACCACGACCGACUAAUUCUUCUCGACCGGUGGUGGUGGCUCCAUCGAAGGUUUCGAAGCGUGUGCUUCUCCGUGUAGCUUCCGUCGCGUGUAGGAUUCAAUUUGGUUGGGCGGUUCAGCAUCGUUGCUCACACCGUACGUUCAGGAGCUAG